AUGGGUCUGCAAGGGGUUGAAGCACGACUGGACCGGCUCUCCGCGCAGAUGGAUCUCUGCUUAGCCGAGGUCAUGAGCUGGAGAGGACUGGCGGCCCAACCUGAGACGAGGACUGCGGUGGAGGCAGCCGCUGCUGAGAAUGCGGCAAGCACUGUGGAUACCUUCAAGCUUCUCCACGCCUCAGAUCGGAGGGAGAGCGAGACCUCCGGAGACAAGUCCUUGGCUGCUUCGUCUACAACAUCGGACGACAGGCGUGGAUCCAACGGAGAUGCUGUGAAUAAAUAUCAGUCGAGGCAAAUGCUGCCUGUGCGUUCAAUGGACUUGAAGGUAGCCUGGAAGCUUCACGCCAGGGAACUCACACGUGAGCUUGGUGAGCUUUCGGAAUCGGAUCAGCAGAUGCAACCCCUCCUCCGGCUGGUGUAUCGCAGUCGUGCAGAUUAUGUUUGGGAGCUUUUGGACGAUCCCAACUCCAGCAUUUGGGCAUGGUGGAUUUGUCUUUUCCUGAAGCUGCUAGUUACGGUUUCGGUGCUGAUCUCCAAUUUGGAAGCCGUGAAGCCGCCGCUGAUGGAAACCACCCUGGUGGCAAUUCUGCAGACUAGCUUUGACGCCGUGUUCCUCCUGGAAUUCCUGGGUCGCAUUUCUUCUGCACCCUCCAAAAAGGCCUACCUCAUGGAUUCGCUGAACUGGGCUGAUCUGCUCUCUGCCCUCGGCUUGCCGCUACGGGCCUGCCUGGGUUUCG